CAGGGCACGGCUCUGCCGCUCGCUGCCCACCCGGUUCGGAGCCGGGUCGGCGGCGGCCGGGGACCCCCGUCCCCGCCGGGGGAAGGGUCGGUGUGCCGGGGACAAAGCCCCUGGGAGCCGGCGUGGGCAGGGCAGGGGUGCCGCGGUGCCGGGGCAGUGAUGCGCGGCGGCCCCGUGUUAGCGCCGGUUCCACAGAAUCCAUUAGCUUGGAAAAGAUCCCCGAGAUCAUCGAGCCCAAGCUGGGACCGAGCACCGCCGUGGGUUCUUCGCUCCAGGGACGCGGGUGGCGUUUGUUGGGAGAGCCACGGGGUGACCGAGGAAUGGGAACGCUGGGGUUGUGUCCAAGUAUCAGCAGUAGAGGUCAACACCCCGGAGGAGAUGUUUGUGGAGAACGGGACGGACGCAAAGCUCCCAUGCACAUUCACAUCCGUAGAAGUGAUCAGCAGUGCAGCAUCUGUCUCCUGGAGCUUUCAGCCAGAGGGAGCAGCCACUCGUAUCUCAUUUUUCUAUUACUCUAAUGGGAAGUCAUACCCUGGAAAGGACAUACCAUUUAAAGACAGGAUCACUUGGGCUGGAGAUCUUAACAAGAAAGAUGCUUCUAUCACUAUAUCAAACAUGCAGUUCCGGGACAACGGCACGUACAUUUGCGAUGUCAAGAACCCACCUGACAUCGUUGUCAAACCAGGAGAAAUCCGAGUUAGAGUUGUGGAGAAAGACAGCCUGCCUGCGUUCCCCAUUGCCACCGUGGCAGGGAUAGCCAUCGGUACGGUUACAGGUCUCUCAUCGCUCAUCUCUAUUGUCGUGUGUCUUGUCAUCAGAAAGAACAACUCUAAAAAACGAUACUCUGGCUGCAGUACCUCUGAGAGCUUGAUGUCUCCGGUUAAGCAAGCUCCGCAGAAGGCGCCCUCCGACACAGAGGGCCUGGUAAACAGCGUGCCCGCCAGAUCACACCAGGGCCCAGUCAUUUACGCGCAGUUAGAUCACUCCGGGGGACAGCACAGCGACAAGAUCAACAAGUCAGAGUCUGUGGUCUACGCCGACAUUCGGAAGAACUGAGAUCCUCAGCUAUCCAAAGGACAACACACAUUCAGACUGGAAUUGCUUGAGCAAGAUUUGACCCAGAGAACUCACAUGUGGCCUUUGAUGCCUAGGCUAGGACCAAUGCAUGUGCAUACAGAGGGAGAGAUAUAUAUGUAUUGUGUGUAAAUAGUCUAUUUAAUCGUACAGAAGUGAGACCAAUGUUGCAUGUUGAAAUGCGGUAAGAAUUUUGCUUAUAAAUUGCCAAUAUUCUUUUUUUUUUUUUGUAUCUUGUGUGACGAGAGAGAAAGUGAAAACUCGCAUCACAAUUUAAAAAUAUUUUUAUCUUGAUUAUUAAUGGAGAAACUGGAAGAUGCCUGAAGAUUCUAGAUUGACCUGGAGAUUCUUUUUUCUUUGCUUAUAGGGCCUAAUUUCUUUUGUUGAGGAGGUGACUAUAAAGAAGACAUUUUCUUUAUAUUCAGAAUUCUUUAUGUAUACAGGGUAUUUAUCUUUCCUUGGUCAGAUUCUCAGUACAGGCUGCCUUCUCAUGUAAACUAGACCCUCUCAGUUGGUCUUGUAAGCCAAAUUGUGACUUCUAGCUAUCAGAAAUGUAUGUCUUAGCAGUGUGAGUGAAGGAAACCUUUAGGCCUACCUGACCUGUGUAACGUGGGUCAUAAAACUGUUUACUUCUCGAUGAGCCUAGCUAUUCAAGCUUAGUCCUUUAAGGGGCAGGGAUAGUGUUGAUCUAAUGAAUUUUGUGAAAUGGUAGUUUACCUGUGAAAACAAAGGAUAUAGUGAGUUAAAGGCAUAGGAAGCUGUAGCUGUAGGUGGUUACCUCAGACUCUGUUGAACCUUCCAGUGAAAUAUUUCUUCCUCAAAGCUCUGUCAUUAUAUGCAAGCAUUAAAUAGGGCUCCAGGGGAUCUGGAAGCUGUAGUACUCCCAUACCUCUCUCCCAUGGCUCCAUUAUGCCACUGUCACCUCCUUGGAGGUGCUUUAUAUGUUCUCAAAAGCCUGUAGUGGAGGCUGAACAACUUCUGGAGGAAAUCUAGGGCACUUUGUAUUUUUUGAUGUGUGGGUUUUUGUUUUUUGUU